AGACAAGCGUGUCUCCGGAGACAGAUCUGCAUGCUGCUGCUGCACACUGAGGCUCAGGGUGCCUCCAGCGCUUCAGACCAGUCUGUACAACACACAAACUCUCAGAGACUUCAGUGCCGUCGGGACUGCUGCACCUGCUCUGCUCGGCAGCUCACAGCACAUCGGAGCGGAGGCUUAACGGGAGAAGAUCUGCCUGCUUUUCUGGGAGGGAAAUGAAACUUGAAGUUUUCUCUGCGCACCACUUGGCGCAGAAGCCGCUGCUGGAGUUGUGCGUGGAUGCAGAGGGGGGAGUCCCGUCUCCACUGUCCGGGGACGAGCUGGGGUCGGACGGGGACUGCGUGGCCAACAGCCCGGCACCUGUCACCCAGAGCGGCGACGGCAGCAAAGGGAAGCCCUACACCCGCAGACCCAAGCCCCCUUACUCGUACAUCGCGCUCAUCGCCAUGGCCAUCCGGGAGUCGAGCAGCGGCCGCCUCACGCUGGCAGAGAUCAACGACUACCUGAUGAAGAAGUUCCCGUUUUUCCGCGGCAGCUACACCGGCUGGAGGAACUCGGUGCGCCACAACCUGUCACUCAACGACUGCUUCCUCAAAGUGCUGCGGGACCCGUCCAGGCCCUGGGGCAAGGACAACUACUGGAUGCUCAACCCGCACAGCGAGUACACCUUCGCUGACGGGGUGUUCCGCCGCAGGAGGAAGCGCAUCGCCAAGAGGCCCCCCAAGGAGCAGGAGAGCCUGGACGUCCUCAGCGAGGACACCCGCCUCCCCGUCCCGGAGGAGAGGGUGGGGGCCAAGUUCUCCAGCUCCUUCGCCAUCGACAGCAUCCUCAGCACACCCUUCAAGCGGAGGGAGGACAGCCACGUUAACGCAGAAACCCACGCCCCCGGGCUGUACUGGCCCCCAGGAGCCCACAUGUUGCCUUACACUCUGAGCUACCCGGCACAGCACGCGUACCUGUCGGAGGGGGCGUGCGGCAGCGCCACAGAGCCCAGCAGGGAUGCACUCACACCCCCUGUCCACGCGCUGGGGACGCCCACCAAGGCACGAGGUUUCCAUAUAGACUCUCUGCUGUCCUGAAGCGAGUAGACUGCUGUCAGACUCGUACGUUUUGUCCCCUGAUGUGCACUCUGGUGGGCGCUCGUAGCUUUCAGUGCUUUAGCUGUUUGCCUGUCUCAUCAUGACUGCAGUGAAAACAAACAAACACGGCGUGUUGUUCAUGUAGACCCACGUGUGGAGACCCAGCAGAUAGUGGCUGUCAUGGCCGGACAUUCCUGUGUGUGGAGUGUGUGUGUGUGUGUGUGUGUGUGUGUGAGAGAGAGAGAGAGAGAGAGAGAGAGAGACAGACAGAGUGUGUGUGUGAUGCAGAGUGUUUGUAUUCAUGUAUUCAUGGUUCAUUUGUCAUUUCUACUGUAUGACGGCAACCGAGUGCAACGUUGAAACAUAAAACUGUUCAUCUAUUUAUAUUUUCAUGUUUUGUAUGACCUGCUGUGUAAAAUAUUGUUGUGUAAAUAUGAGAAAAUACUGACUGAGCCGCGGUGAGGAAUCCCGUGGCUGCGAACGAAAACGCGUGGAAAUGGCCGAUGUUUUCCUCAGAUUGAUUCAUGCAUGCCUGCUAUUUUUAUGAAUAAAAACGUGACACAAAGGGA